UUAACUUGCUACUGAACAGAACGUGAGUGCCAAAGGAAACUUAACAAAAAUGCGCUACUGCAUUUUAUUUUCCCUCAUUGCUGUGGCUUAUGCACAAGCAAGUAUAGCUUCGGAAGAAACAGAGGUGUCACAUGUAGAACCAGUACCAGUCGAAGGACAGGCAGCUACAGGGGAAGUGCCAAACAGCCUGUUAGACGUGACGGAUGUUGGCGGCGACCAGAACGAAGAAGCUGAUCGUGUCGCACGCAGUUAUGGCUGGGGCGGUUACGGUGGAUAUAAACGCGGCUAUGGCGGCUACGGUGGCUACGGCGGUUACGGCGGCUACGGUGGCUAUGUCGGCUACGGUAUUUACAAACGCGGUUAUGGCGGUUAUGGUGGUUACAGAGGCGGUUAUGGUGGCUACGGGUACAAGCGCUGGGGAGGCUGGGGUGGCGGCCAUGGACAUGGCUAUUGGGGUUGAAUACAAGGAAAUGCGUAGACCAGUGCAUAACUCAAUGAGCUUAAGUUAUUUGUGUGAUAUUUGUUAAAUUUAUUUAAAUGUUUUAACACCCAUUUUUAAAUAAAAAUGAU